AUGCAUUUAUCUAUUAACACUGCUAGAUUUGAGCGAUGGUACUUCACUGUGAUCUAUGCUAGCCCUCAUCUAGUGGCGAGCUGUAGUUUAUGGAAGGAGCUCCUUCGCAUAGAACGUGGUAUGCAUGACCCUUGGGUAUUAGGGGGUGAUUUUAAUGCUACUCUGUACACUGUGGAAAGACGUACCACUGCCGAACAUGGGAUCUCUAUUGAUAGAGACUUCUGUAACUGGUUUGAAGAGUCUUGCACGUCGGAUAUUGGCUUUAGGGGACCUUAUUUUAUGUGGAAGAGAAACAAUUCUGAAGCACGAUUGGACUGCUUCUUAGCAAAUGAUGAGUGGUGCAGGCUUUUCCCCAAUGCGAGAGUUUCUCAUCUACCUUUUUAUAAAUCAGAUCACCGUUCCAUUCUCCUACAACUUGAUCAUCGUGUUGAAGUCCCUCAUCGGUCGUUCCGCUUCAUUGCAGCUUGGGUUCUACAUGAAGACUUUAACAAUUUUUUCGUUCAUAAUUGGAAUGAUGAGCUGCGGUGGAGCCACAAUUUGACCCAAUUUACUUCAGCCUGUCACAAUUGGAAUAAGAAAGUUUUUGGACACAUUGAAGGCAAAAAGAAGAGCUGUUAA